UUAAAAUUCACGUGACCAGUGCAAGAAAGGUGAUCAGAAACUGAUCAGGAAGUUCCCUAAUGGGACAACAACAGAUUGACGGAGGAGUGUUGUUACCUGAGUUUCGCCUUCAGGACAGGUAAAAUGGUGCUGCUGUUGCCAUCAGCUCUUGUCGUAGCUCUUGUUGUCAGCGCAGCAGAUGUGACUCUUUGCGCAGGAAUCAACAGAUGUGUUGCCAGAAACCUCGGCCAUGACUCUGUGGUGUGUGAGUGUAAUUCCACCUACUGUGACGGUGUUGGCCCGGUUAGCCUGCCACCUCUGGGUCAGUACUCCACCUACCUGAGCAGCAUGGCAGGCAGCAGGAUGGAGCCAGGUCUCGGUCAAGUCCAGGUCAACAGCACUGGAGCAGGUCUCCGGCUGACGAUUGUUCCCUACCAGAAGUACCAGAGGAUCAAGGGGUUCGGAGGAGCCAUGACGGACGCAGCAGCUAUUAACAUACUUUCUCUCUCUGCUGGCGCACAGGAGCAGCUGCUGCGACAGUACUUCUCCAAAGAAGGUAUUGGCUAUAGUGUUGUGCGCGUCCCCAUGGCCAGCUGUGACUUCUCCACUCGGCUGUACACCUACGCUGACACACCUGGAGACUACGACCUGAAAAGCUUCGCUUUGGCCCCUGAGGAUGUGAAGAUGAAGAUCCCUCUGCUGCAGCGUGCCCAGGCCUUGUCCUCUGUCCCACUUUCCCUGCUGGGCAGUGCCUGGAGCGCCCCCGCCUGGAUGAAAACUAAUGGUGCACUCAUAGGAAAGGGCUCCCUGAAGGGCCAAGCGGGGGGCAAGGAGCAUAAAACAUGGGCUCAGUACUACAUCAGGUUCCUUGAGGAAUAUGCUAAAUAUAACCUAACCUUCUGGGCGCUCACUACAGGAAAUGAGCCCUCUGCAGGACAAAUUACAAACUACAGUUUCCAGGCUCUGGGCUUCACUCCUGAGGAGCAGAGGGACUGGGUGGCUAUGGACUUGGGCCCGGCACUGCAGUCCUCAGCACACCCACACACACACAUCCUCACACUGGAUGACAACCGCCUGCUGCUGCCCCACUGGGCCCGAGUGGUUCUCAGUGAUGUUCAUGCAGCACGAUACAUUCACGGCGUGGCGGUGCACUGGUACCUGGACAGCUUCGUCCCUGCAGAGGCGAGCCUGGGAGCCACCCAUCAGCUGUACCCAGAGUACUAUCUGUUUGGCACGGAGGCCUGUGCGGGCUGGAGGUCGGCGGACCGCGGGGUGAAGCUGGGCAGCUGGGACCGGGCAGAGCAGUACGCACAUGACAUCCUAGAGGACUUAAAUCACUACGUAGUGGGCUGGACUGACUGGAACCUGGCACUGGACCAGACUGGUGGGCCAAACUGGGUGAAGAACUUUGUGGACAGCCCCGUCAUAGUGGAUGCCAAGCGGGACGUCUUUUACAAACAGCCAACUUUCUACAGCAUGGCCCAUUUUAGUGCUUUCCUGUGGGAGGGGUCGCAGAGGGUGGGAGUGUCUGCUAGUGGAAAGACACAGCUUGAGUUCUCUGCCUUCGUCAGAGCAGACGGCUCUGUGGUUCUCAUCGUUCUCAACAGGUCAUCAUCAGCCAUUCAGUUUGAGGGGUGGGAUCCGGCUGUGGGUUAUAUUCCCUGCACCGCGCCGGCCCAUUCGCUGCUCACCGUGGCUUGGAAUACACACUGAGAUUUAACAAUGACACACUUUAAAGUUUCUCUGAGCACUUGAUGCGAUUUAAAACAACAGUUUAUAAAUCGCAUCAAACUGUUAUGUCUUCAUUCGGGUCUGCAGAACUUCCAUGCCGACACACUUGGCAGCUUAAGAAAAGGGUUCCGUUUUUUAUGUUGGAUAAUAUAUUUUAAGAAUAUUCUGAAUCUGUUUGUGACAAAAUCUCCAGACAUAAUGCCCGUAUGUAUGCAAAUGAUUUGGUCUGGUUUUCAGUUUUGAGUUUUCCUAAAGAAAUAGGAAAACUGCACUGGAAAAGAUCUAACUUCAUAUUGUCAUAUUUUCAUUUGUUUAUUCUCACCUUCCUGCUAACUUGAGAUGUUGCAACGCUAUGAGUAGAGGCCGCUACUUACCCGCCCAGCCAAUGUUUACAUGUAGAGAUUAAUUGCUUUUGAAGAUUUAAUACGGGUUUAAAAUGGGAGCAGUUAGAGUUUUAGAUGUGUUGCAUCUGUUGAACUGGAUUUCUUUUUCCAGUUCAGACCUACAUCUGACCCCUUUGUCAGUUUUGCUGAUAAAGGCUGCGUUUUGUCAAGUGGAUCUCAUUCAACAAGACUGUUGAAUGAGAUAUAUUGGUUAUUAGGACUAACUAAUAACUAUUAACUAUUAUUAGUUAAUAUUGUCUAUAAUUAGUUAAUAGUCCUAAUAAUAGUUGUUAUUAGGACUAUUAGUCUUAAUAACAACUAUUAUUAGGACUAAUAGUUAUUAGUUAAUUAUAGUACUAUAAGUAACUAUUUAUUACUAAUAGUUAUUAGGACUAGUAAGUCUGAAUAACUUGUAAGUUAUUAGGACUUAUAAUUCCUAAUAACUAUUAAUCUACCAGUAACUGCAGUCCAGCAAACACAGCUUUCAUAUCCGUGGGUUAAGGUUUGUAAAAACUCCAAGAUGGGUUCACAAAUCAAAUGGCAAAGUAUGGACAUCAAACGACUUGGAUGAUUUUGACUUUUUUUUGUCAUAAAUCGUUGCUAAGGUAAUUGUCCACUUGAACAGUUUGUAGCCCAAAUUCUGAGUUGAAUAUGGAAACGUAUCAAUUUCUAGCUAAUUUAUUGCCAUCACUAAUAUGCUCAUUUGUUUUGUACUAUGAAUGUGAAGGUAUUCAGCAUCAGCAGGUCUACUCUGGCAUAAUGUCCCCGCUGGCUUUCCCUACAUUUCCCUACAUUAAUAUGAACACAUUUCUGUGCCGCACAAUUACUGUCGCUAGUUAUUUAAAUAACUCCAAAGAACCUCAGCACCUUUACCUUUUUAAUCAAGUUUGUGUUUUCCACCAAUUUUUGUAAGCAGCAGCAAUAAAUGAAAGUUAUUUAUUCACAAGCACUGCUGGUGCCUCAUCAUGCUACUAAUGAUCUUUCUGAACAACAAAGCUCAUCAAUGCCUUCUUUUAUUGUGUAUAAAGCGCACUGUUCAAAAUGUUUCUUAAUCAAUAUUAAAGGCACUGUAAGCAAGCAA